CCAGGCUCAUCUUUGCAGGGAAACAGAUGAAUGAUGACAAGACCGCACGAGACUACAACAUUGAGGGAGGAUCGGUUCUUCACCUGGUGCUUGCCCUUCGUGGGGGAAUAUGAUGUGUUGACCGGUGUUUUGUCUCAUCUCUUGCUCGACAUCUUUUUCUCUUAUGUUUUCUACAUCUGUAUAGUUGGUAUUAAGUAGCUCUUUCCUCAUUUGUGGAGUAUGAUCUCUUGCGUCGUCACUCUUGCUUCAUUUCCUUUGCUGCCUCAUCUGUGAAGUAUUAUCUCGUGCAUCUGCGUUCUUGCUUCAUUUCAUCUUCAAGAGGACACGGACAUUUGUGGAGUGUUUCAACGCUGCAUUGGUAGCAACCUGGUAACUGUAAAAUGGCAGUUCAUUGAAGCUUCUUCUUCAUGCACUUUGAGGAUUCUUCACAUACUCCAAGUAUUCUUAAUUUAGUAAUAACAGAACAUCCCUCUAUGGUGACUACGUCGAUGAUAACAUAAAUAAGGAACCGGCCUAGCUAAAGUUUCUUCCGAAGAAGGAAAAUAAUAAAUACACUCGAUGACCUUUUGCAGCUUCGCUCGCAAAAACACUAAGGAGGAGGAAGAAGAAGAAGAGGAGGAGGAGGAGGAGGAGGAGGAAGAAGAGGAAGAAGAGGAGGAAGAAGAGGAAGAAGAGGAAGAAGAGGAAGAAGAGGAGGAAGAAGAGGAAGAAGAGGAGGAGGAGGUGGACGAGGAGGAGGAUGACGGCGACAAUGGAGAGUCGGAGAACGACGAGUUCGGGGACAGCCUGGACAGGGACUGGUGGGACGAGGAGGAAGAAGAAGAGGGCGAGGAGGAGGAGGAUGACGACGAAGAAGGAGAGGGUGAGGAGGAGGAUGAGGAGGAGGAGGACGAAGAAGAUGUGGAGGAGUCCACAGCGAUGGAGGAGGAGGACGACGAAGAAGAUGUGAAGGAGGAAGAAGAAGAAGUGGAGGAGGAGGAGGAGGAGGAGGAGGAGGACUGGGAAAGGGAUGCGGAAGAAGCGGAGGAAAGAAGAGGGCGAGGAGGAGGAGGACGAAGAAGAGGUGGAGGAGGAGGAGGCCACGACGAUGGAGGAGGAGGGAGAAGAGGUGGAGGAGGAGGAGGCUACGGCGAUGGAGGAGGAGGGAGAGAACAUAGAGGAGGAAGAAGAAGAGGAGCCCAUGGCGACGACGAAGGAGUAGUAGGAGGAGGAGGCCCCGGUGAUGGAGGAGGAGGAGGAAACGAAGGAGCAGGAGGAGGAAACGGAGGAGCAGGAGGAGGAGGUGGAGGAGGAAGAAGAAGAGGGCGAGGAGGAGGACGAAGAAGAGGUGGAGGAGGAGGAGGCCACGACGAUGGAGGAGGGAGAAGAGGUGGAGGAGGAGGCCAUGGCGAUGGAGGAGGAGGGAGAGAACUUAGAGGAGGAAGAAGAAGAAGAGGAGGAGGAGGAGGAGGAGGAGGACUGGGAAGGGGACGACGGAGAAGCGGAGGAGGAAGAAGAGGAGGGCCCGACGAUGGAGGAGGAGGAGGAGGAGGAGGUGGAGGCGGAGGAGCCCACGGCGACGGAGAAGAGGGCGAGGAGGAGGAGGAGGAGGCCCCGGCGAUGGAGGAGGAGGAGGGCCCAAGGAUGGAAGAGGAGGAGGUGGUGGAGGUGGAGGCCACGGCGACGGAGGAGGAGGCCCCGCAUGAAGAACAUGGGGAGGAGAAUGAGGGCCCACAUUUUUUUCUUUUCUUUUCUUUUUUUUGGUCCUAUCACUCAAUCACUCAAUCAAUCAAUUAAUCAAUCAAUCGCUCGAUCGAGG